CAACUUUCACUUCGUAUUGACUACAGCGCCAACGGAAGAAAAGUGAAAGUCACAAAGAUUUUUUUCUCCCUCUCAGUUCACGUUGUUUUUGUAAAUUUUCCUGAAAAAAAUCAAAAGAAUGGCACCAAAAAUUCGUGCUGAAAAGGUCCAUAAAGACUACUUGGAGAGUCUAGCGGCGGAAGGUAAAUUUCGCGUGGGAUACCUCCUGGGAAUGGCAGAAACAUCCGUAGGAUUGGAUGGUAUCAUUGUCCACAUGGCUCCAUUGCCUCUAAAGAGAAGGGCAAAGACCCAUCCUGAAUCAAUUGCUGAUGUUGACAGUGAAGAAAUGGUCCUGCAGGCUAUCACGCUGAAUCGCAUGCUUCCGGGAUCAUUUACAGUUAUGGGGCUAUUUGUGGUCAGUCCGGAGAAUGUGCUGGAGAAUGGGGGGCAUCGGAAGAUAUUGCUGCAGAUUGUCAAACAGAUUCAGGGGCAAUUUCGAGAGAAUUCCCUUUUAUUGGCCAUUGAGGGGGAUGAGAAGAAUUUCCUGGUACUCAGCUACACAUCCGGAAAAGCAUGUGUCUGCCAACAGAUUCACACGAAGAAAAAUGUUGAUAUUGAAUUUGCCACUGAGGCUCUCACAUGGCGUGCGGUGGAGCCGAAAUUCUGCAUUGAUCACAACUUUGAGAUGGAGAAGAUUGGGGAUUUUUACAACAUUGAUGGGAAUCUUAGGAAGAUCUUGAAGGAUCUCGUCCAGCAACUCGAGGAUGCUUACAUUUUGCGUGCAACAGAGUACGGAGCUGAUACUAUUGCUAAAGUACAAGAGGAUGAUCUUGUUGAUAUGCUGUUCAGCAGCGAUUCAGAUGAGUCCGGCACGGAGGAGACAUCCGAUAAGAUGCUGCUUCUUCUGAGAACACAAAACGAUUUAGCCCGGUGCGCAGCAGAUGCCCAAGUGCCAGACGGGAAAAUUCAUCUCACGGGAAAAUUAUGUUGCACCAUUUCCGUGCCGAGCAAAACGAAAUUGAGUGAUGUGGAAAGGUACCUCCGGAGGGAUGUUAUCCGAACUGCUGCUGCCCGUAUUCAGCUCUACAUCGAAAUGAUGGCGGAUUGUAAAUACAAAAUGAGUGACAUCAUUGAUCUCAACAGUGACACUCCACUGAGGGUUUUCUUCACAGUUCAGCCCACCGGGGUCAGGUUCUCAGAUUACAUUUUCGAAGGAGAGGACGAUGAUAGUGUGCGUGAGAAUGUUAAGAAACUAAUGGAUAUUGAUCUCGAGCCAACAGACAUCAUUUGGGUUGAGACUCCUGAGGAAGAGCAACAAGAUGAUUCAAUCUCAAGAAAUUCUGAAGAUUUAUCUCGCCAGUACGCGGAGGAAGAAAGGAGGGCAUAUAGAAAUAUGUACAUUGUUUGCUUUUUUUCCACAAUUAUGCUGGCCAUUUCCAUGUACAUAAUGUUUGUCUGGUACGACCCAGCAGAUCUUGAUGAAGUCCUUGCAAGACACGAUGAAGAGCUUGGUCGUCAAUGGAGAGAGAUGCAUAAGAACCAAGAGGAUACGCCCUAAUCAUUAAAAUAUUAUUUUCUCUCUUUAAAUCCUGAAGUCUUCAAAUAAUUCCAAUGAUGUGUUGCAUUAAUAUUGCUAUUUAUUAUUAUUUUUUCACUGAAUUAUAAGAGAUUUAACAAUUAAAGGCCACUGAAGUUCAA